CAUACACAUCACCAGCCAGCCAUGUCAUCAACACGCACCGCCAUGAGGCUGUUAUCCCCUCGGAUACAAUGCCUCCAGCGAAAGCCCAUCUCUCAUACGCAACUCCGCCUCGCAUCGUCGCGAUACAGCAAUCCUGUAAAACGCAGCUUCAAUGGAGCUCCUGCUCUGGCACCAUCCUUCGUCGGCGGUUCGACUGCCACUCAUGAUACUCUCGCCAUCGUUCCAAAUGCACCGCCGCCUUCGGGUCUCGAUGCUGUGGCCGAUCGCAUGGCAUGGGAAGAGAAGCGGGCACAUGCUCUGCGCCGCAUGCGAUUCGCGGGUAUGGGACUGCUGCUGAGCUUAUUCGGAAUGGCGGUACUGCUUUACAAUCUCGAUCUGGACGACCUGGAAAAGGCAGAAAAAGAAAAGCGGCAAAGAAUGACGGGAACACAACAGCUUGAUGCGAGUAAUGAUACCAAUGCAAAGUUUCAAGGCAAGGAGGUCCACGUUAUUGGAGCAGGAGAUGGCAAGCGUAUUGUUGCGCAGGGACAGGGUGUCGAGAUUGAUUUGGUAGAGACUGGAACCAGCAGUGUGCCGCAUUUCCCUCGAACGAUCUACCUUCCCAAGGAUGGCUCCGAGCAGAGCGCUGGAGCUGCACCGAACACGCCCGCCAACCCUGGAAACGAGGACAAUCAAGAGCAGUACACUCUGCUCGGUCUCGGCAUCCGCACGGUCAGCUUUCUCAGCAUCCAGGUGUAUGUUGUCGGCAUGUACAUCCGGACGCAAGACCUCAGCGUUCUGCAAGAGACGCUUAUACACAACAUCAAUGAGACUGCGUCUACGUUGAUUCUGUCCGAAAAGGAAGAGCUGAAGAAGCGUCUGCUCGAUCCCGUGGCAAGUCGGGAGAUCUGGAUGGAGCUAUUGAAAGUUCCCGGUGUGAAGACCGCCUGGCGAGUCACCCCUACCAGGAAUACCGACUACGGUCACCUGCGAGACGGAUGGAUCACCGGCAUCAACAAUCGAAUCAGAGAGUUCAAGCAGGUGGCUCAAGGUGCUGAAACAGAGUAUGAAGCAGAAGACUUUGGCAAAUCGAUCGGAGAAUUCAAGAACAUCUUUGCAGGCGGCAAGGCGCCAAAGGGGUCUGUUAUGAUCCUCUCGAGGCAACGAAAUGGUAGUCUCGAUGUUUGGUUCCAACAAAAGCCAGAUGGUACUCCGGAGGAGCAAGCGAUGCAGAAGCUUGGCCAUGUCGCCGACGAAAGGAUUGGCAAGCUCAUCUGGUUGGGAUACUUGGCUGGAGAGAAGGUCAGCUCGGAAGCUGCGCGGAAGGGCGUGGCAGAUGGUUGUUCAUAUCUGCCGUUUCACGCUCGACUCGUCGACUGCGGUGACGGUGCUCCAGCCGUCACAAACACCGUCACGAUCACGACUCCAUUUCCGGCGCGGCUCGAAGACGAGCUCGAACUGGCUGAAGUGCUUGUUGUGCUUCUGGGUGCUGUUGUGGAAGUCUGCCGAGACGUCGAAGAGCUUCUCGUGGAGGUUAUCCUGGUCUGCGAUCGACUUGGGGGGUUGGUGCCCGACGUGACCGAAGUCGUGCGACUCAGUCCCGACGCAGAAAGGGAAGAGGAUGGUCUCGAAGUGGUUCGCGUGACACUCAUGCUUUGGCUUGAGCUGGUCGAAGGACUGAGUCUAGUGGUCGAGACAGGUCUCCUGCUUGAGGUACUGCUACUUGCUCGAGUCGUGCUCGUCGAUGCGGAAAUUCUUGUCGAGGCCCGGGUUGUUGUCACGACUGGAAUGGUUACUCGAGUAGACGUGGUGCUGGGCGGAGGCCUGGUGCUUGUCACUGCAACUGGAGCUGACGACGAUCGCGUUCGAGGCCUGGUGGUUGUUGUUGAUCCUGCGGCCGAAGUGGACGUUCUCGACGUUGCGAAUGAGGACAUGCUGGUCGACCGUGAAGGAGCGGCGGGCCGAGACGUGAAGGAAGUCGAGCUCGAGCUUGGAGAGGCUUUGUCGCAUAUGACGUCCCGAAUCGCCUCUGCGUCCAAUCCAGCUUGCUCCAAUGCAUCAGGCCGGAAGCCGCUUGCGGACGAGAUCGCCGUCGUACAAUUCGGCGUCCAAUUCCGCCACGAGUCCAGGCGUGUUGCAUGGAGCGAGAUUCCCAGUGUUGAUCUGAUCGAUCGCGAACAACGUCGACCUGACCAGCUUGAGGUACUCAUCUAG